GAGAUGUUGCUUGAUUCUCUUGAGAUCUGGCAACAACGCCGCCGGCGCGCGAGUCAAAGCGCGAGACUUUGCGGAGCAGCAGAGAACCGGACGGAGCGGAGAACAGCACGCGUUGUUUCCAUGGACCACAGGAAUAUAUCGUUUCUUGUUCACAUCGUCUCUACGUUUGUUUCAAACGACCCUUACCGAUUACUGUCACUUUAGUUUCCUUUACUGCCCUAAACCGGGGUUAUCUUUUGUUUUUCGUGUCGGACUGUUAUUCAUUUGGUAAUUAACUGAAGUGUUGGUGGACAUCCUCAACGUUGUUUCAGGACUGGCCAUUAUUAGCGUGAAUAUUUUGGAUAUUAGAUGAGAGCGAAAAGUUACAUUUUGAACUGAGUUUUCUGCUUCAGCGAGACUUUUGUCCGCCAACGGACCGAAUUAUUUGCAGCCGGUGGUCGUCAUUUACUCAGCAUGAGUAAAAAUACAACUUCAAGACAUUGACAGAAAUGCUAAUGCUGCGGUUUAUGGAGAGACAUUUCUAGGGGGGGAAAUCACCCGCAGUGGACCUGGCGCCCUUCACCAGUCUCUGUGCGCUUCAAAAACAUUUAACUUCACCCCAUGCACGAUCAUAAUAUUAUUCUAAAUUCAUCCCAAUUCAGAUUCGUAUGGCUUUGCCUUCUCAAAUCUGACAGUACUUGAGACUUUCAGCUGAGGUCAUUGCCUCCUUUGAAUGGAACAAAAGAAGGUUGAUGUUUCUGAAUCUGCUUUCUUUAUACAAACAUUCCGAGAUUUAUGCUCCGAGUCUUUCAGAUGUGGAUGUUGCGGUCACACCAUCUCCUCAAUUGCAGGGGGAUCUAGUAAAGUUCAGCACCCCACUAGUCUUUUGUCUCCAUUAGGUCCCAUUCAUUUGUCUUGUAGGAGGAACAUGGGAGUCCAGACGAGGGGAGCCUGGGUGGCAAUGGCGUUCUCGGACUGGGUCAGUGGAUUGGGAUUUCUCUUAAUCUUCCUGAUGAUGAGUUUAGCAGUGGAUGCGACCAACAUGGAGCCAGUCUACUGGAACUCUUUAAACAGAAGGUUUGGAGAUGAGAGGGGCUAUAUACUCUAUCCUCAAAUAGGGGAUCGUUUGGACCUUGUGUGUCCUGCCACGAAUCCCUUGGGGCCGACCUCUCCCUCUGAAUAUGAGUUUUAUAAACUGUACUUGGUGUCCUCACGAGAGCAGGCCGACAAGUGUGAGGUGAUGGGUGCCCCCAACCUGUUGCUCACCUGCGACAAACCCAACAGCGAUAUGAGGUUUACCAUCAAGUUCCAGGAGUAUUCGCCCAACCUCUGGGGUCACGAGUUCAAGAACUUACGAGACUACUACAUUAUAGCUACCUCUGACGGUACAAAAGAAGGAAUCGACAGCAUGAGAGGAGGCGUCUGCGUGACACGAGGGAUGAAGCUGAUUCUCAAAGUGGGACAGACUGCAUAUGGCCUUCCCCCAAAACCCAAACCUGACCCAGGCAGACCCAACAGCAGAACCCCAGAUACAGAAAGUGGAUCUAAAGGGAAUGAUGGAGGUGAGGCCGGAGAGAGGGGAGACAGCGACGCCGUAUCGGCUUCUAACAUCGCUCUAAUCGCCGGUAGUGCGGGGGGAGCUUUCGUCGUCCUGAUCGCUGUAGUGAUCGCUGUGGUGUGUUACCGCCGCCGGAAAGCCAAGCACUCUGAAACUCACCACCCUGCCCUCACACUGUCCUCUCUUACCCCAAAGAGGGGCAGCUCCUGCGGGGCAGCUACUGGGGCCGGUGGGGGCAACAAUAACGGCUCAGAGCCCAGUGAUAUCAUCAUUCCCCUGCGGACCUCUGACUCUGCAUACUGCCCCCAUUACGAAAAAGUCAGCGGCGAUUACGGACACCCCGUCUACAUCGUUCAAGAGAUGCCCCCUCAGAGUCCAGCCAAUAUUUACUAUAAAGUAUGAGAUCAGCGAGCACAAAGACAACCCAUCCUGGGGUUCGUAUCGUACUUCGCUGUGUUCACGUGACUCUAUAUGUAAGAGCGUUACAAGAACUUGGACCUGAAGUUGAGUUGAUCGUACCAUAUAGAAAAGCUGUAAAUACAGCUUUUAUGUUAUAGCAGCGUGUUUUUGCGUUUAUUUACACGUGUGUGUCUCUGUGUGCGUCAUGAUGCAGGCGGGUCACGGAUUUCACAUGUGCUCAGGUGCAAGUGAAUGCCUGUUUGAGACGACUUUAUACAUCCGAUGGUCGUAACUGAAUUAUUGUGCUUAUCCUAAAAACCAAACUGUAGAGAGUGAGACUUUUAAGUGAUUCAUACUUUUAGAGAAAAAAAAACUGUUAAUAAUAUAAAUACUUAAUACAUUUUUACACUCUGGAGGUUAUUUGCACAUGCUCUCUGCAUUGUUUCAGCGCCUCAUUCAUUAAAGCAAACAGAUCGGAACGCAAUUUCCACACCACAGUUCCCCAUCUUGAAGGCUGAAUUGCAGCCAGGCACAAUCUGCAAAAUGCGUUUACUGAGACUGUACAGCAUCACUAAGAUUUUUAAAAAGCCAAAAAUGUUUCACAGUCCAUUGUGCGUCUAUAUGUUCCCAUUACUCUGCUAAUAUAUGAAUUACUGCUGCCAUUAUCACUCGAAAAUGUAGGAAAAAAUCUCUUCGUUAAAUCUCUGCUAAAAUAUUAGCAUAAUGCUAAUACAAUUUUUUUGGACAGUUUUCGAUACCACACAAAACAGAUGUCAUCUGACGGGAUAUGGUGAAGACUUGACCCAAAUUUUCCUGCGAGACCGGAAACAAUCUAUCAUUUUUGGCGUAGUCGGCAGGAUCUAUUUUUGCGAAUUGUACGAAAAGGUUAAUUUGCAUAAAAAGGAAGCAUGUUAGUGCUGAAAAGGGAAAAAAGUCAUAAUUCAAAAACUUUUCGAAAUAUUUUAAAUAGGCCUACUAUUCCAGCGCAGAUUUCAGCUUAUUAAACUGGAUUGUGGGUGAUUAGUGAAUGAGAUGCAGAGUGUCCCGCACACAAAAGUAGCGCAGCAGUUUAGUGAAUUCGCUGCUCUUAUUUUCCUUUCCUCAUUUUAUCCGAUUGUAAAUGUUUGUCUUUUCUGAACUCAGACCUCCAUCUGAUUUAUUUAUUGUGCAUCAAAGAAGCAGUUUUUCAUUCCCUCCACUUCAUCAGCUUCCUAUAACAACUCCUCAGUGGCUGGUUGUUUGUUUUUGAGGUUUUUUAAACAUUUUUAUGUGAGGAGCAGGAAUCGCAUGUGGAGGAGGUGUUGACGGAUGAUCGACUUUUUCAGAUGGAGACUCUUCCAAGAGGUUGGAGGUCAAAGUUAAGUAGUCGAAGAAAAACACUCAUGUCCGUCACUCAUGAUGAUUUGAGGGCUUCUCGCUUUCUGCCCGAGCUUUUGAAGUACUGUGUAUGCCAUGAUAAACUGCCUACUUACUGUAGACACACAAUGCAAAACUUAUACACACUUAACACACACAUUCACAUUACAGCAGUUAGUGUUUUCUUGUGAUAACUCCCGCAGAUGGACUCCAGCUGUGCAUUUGUAUGUGUUUCAAAGCUUUGUGACUGUGAUUCAGGCUGAAAACAGCAGGACUAAGACGGACAAUGUAACUUUGCGUCUAAAUUAAUUCAGUCCCAAUCUCUCUCCACAUCCUCUUGAGUGUUACACACACCAGUUGCUUGGUUACAAUCUCGUCUCGACUCUCAUUAUCACAUUUCGGGUGAUGUCUAAGAACCAUCUCUGACAUUAUCACCGUGCCAGCUUGAGGCUUCAGGUCCACCUGAGUUAUUUUACUGGAAGAGACAUGACAUCAUCAGGUGAUGUAAGAAGAGACCGUAUGUUACAAGCCUGAGUGACCUGAGCUUCCUGUUCUUGCCAUCAAAUGGCUAAAAACCAAAAAUGGCACCUUAAUCAUUCUGUUAUGGGUUUUCAUGGUUUUGUUCGUCACAUUUUGUUGCUUUCCACAGUGUGGAUUUUUUUGUAGAUUGAGUGAAUGAGAAUAGUCGUUUGGCCAUGGUAACCCUCAAUGGUGACUAGCAAUGGGAACUGUAAUUGAAUUGAACACUUAUGGUUCUGAUUCCCCUGAACAAUUGCAUUGAUGAUUAUUUUAGUACUUCUGAGGAAAAUAUAUUUGGGG